AUGGCUUUACUGCGAAAUGGAAUAUGGGAGACCAAAAUAAUUUCAUAUAAUUAUCAUCCCCUUGACAAACAACUAUGGCGUCCUCUGCAGCAACAAUUGGAUGGAUUCCCACGUUCUUCAAACAUCCCAAACAAAAAAUUCCAGAAACCCUUAUCAGUCUCAAUCAGGAGACUUAAUCUCAGGAACAAAAAUCAACCGAAUAAUCGAGAAUUGAAUGUUAGUGUAAAAGCCUCAGUGGGUGCAAGUGGGCCUCCUUCCGCCACCGCUGGGCUGUAUUCCUCCGGGCAAUUCGAGCUCAACAUUGAAAACGUUGGCAAGGUUCUUGAUAACGUCAGGCCUUACCUCAUUGCGGACGGCGGAAAUGUCGAUGUUGUGUCCCUUGAAAGUGGCGUCGUUUCUCUCAAGCUCCAAGACGAAGGAGAAAAUCUGGUUAUAAUCUGGACUGAAGCGUAA